UUCCAUCAAGGACGCUCCUAAUGACUUUUUAUUGUUAUUAUCACUCCCCACGCAAGGAGCCCUGAGGCUGGAGCUCCCCAAAACCCCCAUCCUGGGGACAGCGGGUGGGGGCGAGCAUCAGCCCCUCAGCCCACUGCAUUAUCCUGGUGGGCAGGAAUGCCAGCGGUGGAAUCAGGUUCCCCCCACCACAGCCAGGACGGGGAGGAGCCGAGCCAACGAAAGGGGGGAGAGAGGAAAAAAUUUCCACGGCGCCCAGAGUGAUGUAGCAGGACCUAAAUUUAGCCGGUUUUACAAGAGGUCUGGAAGGUGGCCGAGAGCCAAACGGGGCUUUAUAAGCUCGGUGGCCGCCCUCGAGACAGCCGGUGCCGCUGGGUGAGGAGGUGCCAUUGGCCCCUUUGACCUGCUCUGGAGUGGAUGAACUUGAAAUCCUCCUCAGCUUUCCGGUCGGAGCACAGCUUCCACCACCACAGCCGCUCCUCGUCGCCCGCUUGCCCCAUGGAGCUUUUUGGGAGCUUCGCCAGGCCCCACGAGCCGAUGGGCUUCCCAGCUCGGCCCGGCACCAAUGGCAACGUGAAGACCCUGGGCAACACCUACCAGUUCACAGUGGAUGUCAGCGACUUCGCCCCUGAGGACAUCAUUGUCACCACCUCCAACAACCAGAUUGAGGUGCACGCUGAGAAGCUGGCCGCGGAUGGCACCGUCAUGAACACCUUCACCCAUAAGUGCCAGCUGCCCGAGGAUGUGGACCCCACAUCGGUGUCAUCCUCGCUGGGGGACAACGGCACGCUGACCAUCCGCGCCGUGCGGCAGCCGGCUAAACACAGCGAGCACGUCCAGCAGAUCUUCCGGACUGAGAUCAAAAUCUGAGGCUGGGGGCAGCGCCGGGGCCGGGCCUUUCCCCUGCCCCAUGGGUAGAUUGUGGGGUGCUCCCUUAUUUAUCUAGCUGUCUGUCUGCUCCCCGGCAAGCUGGCUGCCACCCCGCUGGUUUGGGAUGGAGGGGAUGCUGUGGAGGGGAUGGGAGUGCUCCCCGCAGGCUCCCUAGGAGGUAUGAGGUGAAACCCGCACACAGCAUGAGCAUCCCUCACUGCAGGACCCACAAGAGAUUGCAGGCAUCAUUUUGGGGCUGGAUUGGGAAGACCUGGAGGUCCCACAGCAGUCGUGGUGGUGGUGGUGGUUGCGGAUACGAGACGGAUACGAGGAGUGAGGCUGGGGAGUGAGCCCUGCCCUGACCCUCUGCUGGAGCUUUUCUUUGUAUAUACAGCUUGUACUGGGUUAUGAGAGAUAACUGAGAACUGCUGUCUCCUCUUUUCAUUCUUCUGCUUUCCUGAUGCUUUUUCCCCAAAGGAGCUGAGUUAAAGGCACAGAGCAGCUGCAGGCUCAGCUCCAAUGGGGACCUCAGUAGCAGGGACCACAAUUCCUCCUGGAUGCAAACAAGAAGCUGGCCCCAGCAUCCCUGCUCCAUGCCCACCUCCUUGUUUAUUUCCAGUCCCAGUGACUCACUUCUUCCUGGCCACUCUAUUUCUAAGCCCUUCCCUCAGCUGCUCGGCUGCCAGCCCACCUUGGAAGGUCACCAAACCCUCUUCUCCUUUUUGCCCACCACCAAGCCCUAGACGGCAGCAGGCUGGGGCAGAGAGGCUGCCAAACCCUGGGUUUCUUCCUUUGUGGGACCAACCACUGCCCCGAAGCCACCCCAUGUGUACAAACACAGCACAGGGCUGUUUAUAG